GACUGCUUGCUUGAGUCCCUAGGGGGUGCUCCUCUCAGGCGAGGGAAGGGGGAGCCCAGGACAGGACGAAGCUGCAGUCUUGUACCACCUACUACCUACUAGCUACCUAGGCAUCCAGGGCAGCACCUAGGUACCUGAGUAGCCAUCUACUGUGUAAGCACUCCGUACCCAGGUAGAUAGAUACCUAGGCGGGUACCUGGCUCUUCCAAUCCAAUCUUGGCUCCGAACCCGACCCCCGACCCGCAUGCCCCCGUCCUCCGUUGGACUUUCUUCUCAAACACCCAGAUUACCUUGGACGGCAUACGGCACAAGGCAUCUCCACCCCCAUCGCCUUCCUCUCAUGCCCACCCAUCACUCACUCCGACCCGGACCAGGCCUAGUUCCAUGACCGACUCGGUCGAUGCCGGCGAUGCGCCAAUGCAUUUGACAUAGUGCCGACACCUCUCGACUGACCUCGUUGGCUCCCCAGCCAUACCAACCCAGUCCACCAGCCCCGUCCACCAUCCCAGUCCUGGGCUGCGGUUCACGCGCCAUUGUCGUCCUCCCGCCCACGCCGACUGCUCGUCCUCACACCCUCACCCUCCCUCUCCCUCGCCGCCAUGGAAAGGAAGAGGAGGGUGCCGGCACGUGCUGCUGCGCGCGUCGAGCAGGCCGCCAAGAAGAGCAGGACCUCGACGCCUCCCGAUAUCCUUCCCGCCACCCCAUCGAGCGCGCCCAACUCCACUCCUGCGCCAGACCCCGUCGACGAGCCUCAGAAGCCCCCUCCUCCCCCCUUGCCCACCUCCAUCCACCCAGGCAGGCCUCUACCGACCAUUGAGGGUGCUGCGCAAUCUGCAACUCCCCCCCAGAAAGACUUCCAGUCCAUACAAGAGAGCGGCGUCCUGGCCGAGUCGCUCUCCCGUUCUCGCCAAAGAUGGAUCGGCGAUGGCCUCUUCGAGAAGUACUGGACGAAACCGACAAAGAAGAAAGGCGUCGUGCAGGAAGAUGCCAAAAACCCCCCCAAGGAUACCAUGGCCAAGGUCGGGCAGGUCACAAUCUCCCUUGAACCGCACUACUUCGAGGCCACCGUCUAUGCUGUCAAAGACCCGAACAGGCCUGCGCCUCAGCCUGUCUUUCGCCCAAUCCUGCAGUAUGGCCCCCCUAAUGGUGCCAUGCCUCCACCUCCUACGCCCUUGUCCAAGACCGCGGCGCACUCAACUACGCCCGCGCCCGCGCCUGAUCGGACACAGGCUGCCCCGGCGCCGGUGCCGUCCGCUUCCACAUCCAUGACCACGUCCUCUGCGGCUCCUCAGACAUCGGCACCGCCUGCCGCACAGCUGCCCUCUCUAGCUCCCCAGGUCGCUCAUGUCCCGCCCACGACGAAACCGAGCACGUCCCCUCGUGCGAUUGGCUCUGCACCCCCCCUUCCUGAAGCCCCGGCAGCACCGGUCGCGACAAAUUCGAACUCUAUGGGUCCCCUGGUCCCCCAGGUGCCUCACCCGCCGGCAUCAUCGUCAUCACCGGCACCGUUGAGCUCGGCUGUAGCCCCGACUACCAGCGCCUUCCUCCCCCAAGGCCCUGUCCCCGCCCCCGCCCCAAUGACCGGCGUGUCUACUCCACCACAAGGCAGCUCGCGCCAGCUCCAUCCUCAAAAUCCUCCGAACCGAGGCCCUGGGCCCCCGGCCGGCGCGGAUCCCAUCAUCGUCACUCUGGCCGAGAAGGCGAACGAGGACCCUCAACUAAGAGAUCUGAUGAAGCGGGUAGCCAACGGCAACGCUCCCAAAGACGAGCUCGCCCGCUUCCAGGCAAUAAUUGACCAGAUAACUGCAGAGAGCAAGCGCAAGGGAGCACUCAAGGGCCCCUCAGCGGACCGGCUUUUCGUUGACGGGAGGAGUGUCCGCUAUUUCGCUGAUGAAGUGGAUGCCAUCAUUGCCAUAGUACUCAGGUCAAACCCGAAACAGACGUCUGCUGAUCUAGCGCCACCCUCGGGUAGUGAUCCCCUGGUUGUCGCGCUGGUCAAGAAUGCACUGGACGACCCCAGGACCCUCGACAGAGUGCGACGCAUAGCCAAGAACAACCCCGAGUUCUCCGAUGCUACCGACCUGAAGGAGACACUAGAUCGUCUGAAGGACCUUUUCGGGCAACAAAAGCCCCAAUCCGCGGGUGCACCUGUCAGGCCCAACGGAACACCAGGCAAUCACUCGCCAGGUGUGCAGCAAGCGCCGCAGCCCCCGCCUCCGCAGCAGGCCCUUCGCUCUAAAGGUCCGCCUCCGGUGGUGAAGCCUGAUGUCUCGGCUCUUGUUUUCGAGUUUGGCGGCGGGAACGGCGAUCGAUAUCUUUUCCCAAGGUUCAGCAUCCUGGAGCAAGUUCAGACGCCGAGCGGACCACAGGUCAUCGCGUCCUUCCUCAUUGUCAGGAAAGGGAGCACCUCUGAAUACGGCGGCGACCCGAAGCUCGAUUACUAUCAACCCGUGACAAUUAGGAUGUCGUCAUCCCAACCCAGAACCCUGGAUCACUUCUCGAAGGUUGUAGCACCGGAGGAAGAGGUCAAGCGCUACAUGGAGGAUGUGAUGGACAACAUGACGCGUGCAGAAUACGUUCUAUUGGCAAUGCGACUUCCGAAGCCUGAGAAGGAUUCCAAGGACGACAGUCACGGCUCUGAGAAGGAAACUAAAGCCGAGGAUUCGAAUCACGCGACUCCUGAGACUGAGGACCCGGAUAUACGGAGGAAGGGCCUCACAUGGAAGAAGGACAAAACAAUAAAGCAGCUGUCUGCGAAACCUCACGGGACGAAGCACGGUGGUAGGAGGCCAGUCAAUGAGGACGAACAGUACCAGAAUUUCAUUGCGAGCGUAAGCCGCAAAGAAACUGAGGAACAACAAUAGAGUACUUUGGGUGCUCGGGUUCGCUAUCAGGGGUGGGAGCUUUGACGCAAGGGGUGCCACAGCCUGAGGUUUUAUUGAGGUCCCCUACGUACCAGGAGGCCAUGGCAGCCUUGGCCUUGAUUAGACACUCGAAUCAUCAUUUCGCAUACAUGCUUGAACUAAAAGCUAGGUUCCAACAGUCCUAAGCUAUAGCAGUUAUUAAGUUAUUUAUAUAAUAAUAACAGAUCUUUAACAUUAAGUUAAGA